CAGGUCAAACUAUGGAAAACAUACUAAGCGAAAUGGAAGCCACGCUUGGAGCCAGCGCCCUGUCGAGGAACCUAACCAGCCUCCGUCUACCCAUCGUCACCGGUACGGAACCCGCAACGUCGACAGCGAUCCAGGUGUUGGACAUACUGAACACACUCUACAUGCCUCUGGUCAUCUAUAUGGGUCUCGUAGGCAAUAUCUUGUCUUUCGUGACCUUUUUCUUCACGCAUCUCAAGUCUCGCACUUCCAGUCUCUACAUGGGCUCCUUGGCAAUUUCUGACUCCGGAUACCUCUGUGUCCUCUCUUUCGUCUGGCUCAAUGAAAGAGGCAUCAAUGUGUACCAACAAGGCUGGUGCCAACUCUUGGUAUUCCUGUCGUCUGCGUUCGGCUGCUGGUCCGUUUGGCUGACAGUGAGCUUCACGGCGGAGCGCUUCGUGGCCGUCCGUUAUCCCCUCUGGCGGCUGCAGAUGGCAUCCAAGCUUCGCCCCAAGGUGACCAUCAUGUUGACAGCCCUCUUCAGCUUUGCUUUCAACUCUUACCUGCUGCUCUUCGUCGGCGUCAACGACACGGAUCACGGAAGUCCAGAAUGCUCCCUGAAUUCUGACUACGAAAAUGCCUUGUACUACAUCAACAUCCUGGACACCAUCAUUACGCUGAUUGUGCCUUUCGUGCUCAUCACGGUGAUGAACUUCAUGAUCGCCCGCGCCAUUUACCUCUUCUACGCGAGGUACAAGCAGCAGCGGAAUAUUUGCCGCCCGGGGCACUCGAGCAAAGACUCGCUUGACGCCUCUCCCACCAAGCCUGACGUUUCGAACAGCUCGAGCACCGUGGCCCACGCCACGCAAAUCAGUGUCACCCGAAUGCUGCUGUUGGUCUCCACGGUCUUCAUCCUUCUCAACUUGCCCAGCUACGUGAUCCGGAUCUACGUCUUCGUGUUGUCCCUCAGUGACAGUAUCACCGGAUCUGAGCCGUACGUCCUUCAGCGGUACUUCAUGCUCCUCUACUACACAAACUUCGCCAUCAACUUUGUCCUGUACAACGCUAGCUCGAGAAUGUUCCGCGUCACGCUGUGCGACUACGUUCAGAACAGGUGGUCGGCCAUACGGGACACACUGGGAACCUGGAAGUCAAAUCUCACCCACUCGUCCACGAGUCAGAAUGAAGACAUAAUCAUAUAGGAAUUCUGUUACCGCCGACCUCCUUACGGUUGCGCGGUAGGGAACUGCAGGUUCUGACUUGAUUGUUGAAUUUUAGCACAGUUUUUAGUGCAGCUGUAUAGCUGAUUGCCUGUGUAUUUAUACAAGUGCGUCGAAGUUAAGACUACGUUCCAGCACAAGGAGACCAGUAGUCUUCACUGGGAUCACUGACCAUGGUGCUGUUUAGCAGUAUGCGUGGUGCUUGACGCUUCUGUGUAUGUGAAAAGCGACAGGGUGAAAGAAAUAUAAGGGACGAGGAAGACGUUUACGCUAUUUCUCAACUCUCGCAAGUUUAGUCCAGGCGAAGUGAAACUGGAUCAAGUGAUGCAGUGGUGCUCAGGGUUCCGACCAGUUACAACCAGGGCUUCGAGGAACGAAAGCGUUUUGCGGUACCGGUGACAGUGUUUCCAGAGUUGUUCUCAAAAGCCCUAGAAGUUUCAUGAAUCGGAAUGGAAAUUUGAACGGUGGAAUAUACAAGAAGUCAGACUACGAGUUGUGCCCAUAGUAUGGCCAGUUACUGGGAGGUGACCUCAUCACGCAACGCAGACAGCAAUCUCCUCGUGACUUGAAUAGAGUGCAACUCUCGCUGCCUUGCGACUGCAUAGUCAAGACAUUCAGCACAUUCGUGUACUCCCUCCCUCAAUGCUACACUUCAAGUUGUUCAGGGCUUCAGCGCCAUUGGCGCACAACGACUGCAUGUGCCAAACACAUCCGGGAAACAAACCACAGUAAAACAGAAAAGAGAGUUUAUAGGGACGACAAAAAAAAAAAAAAACGAGCACAUGAUCAAACACGCACAGUGACAAAUGCAACCCAUUCAAUGGUGCGGCGUGACAUUUCCGGAGAGCGAGUAGGUAGAAGACAGAGGUGCAUGUGGACAAUGGACUUUUCGUCUAAGCACAGUGUACAAACGCACAUGUGGACCGCGGGCUCCAAAUCCUCUUGGACAAAGAGCGGAGGAGUUCUUCAGACCACGACAUUGGACUCGUUGUGCAACGCUCCUAUAUGACAAUGUAAACAUGUGUCGUGCACUGGGAUUUGAGAGAAUCCACGUCUUCGCCCGUACUGGAGCUGACGUGCAGGAAAUGCCGGAUACUUCGGCAGUAGGGAUCGAGUUAACGUAAUUUCUGAGCACGACGAGGCCAAUACUAUAGGUCCCGCUUGGUUAAGCAGAGAGAGUGGGUGAAGAUAGAAUUGCGUAGAUACAGGCAAGUUGCUAGACGAAUUCUGUAACGGCAGCCCCCGGCAGCAGCUCAGUGUGUGGUAUACUGUCUAUGUGUUUGUGCCCCGCUCAGCUUUGGAGAUAUGGAGGAGGUGAAGUAACAGUUUUACGCACAAUCUUGUCAAAAAUGUCAUAUUUUGUCAUAUCAUGUCAUAUGUCAUGCUCCUACACAGUCACGAAGCAGAAGAUAAUAAUAAUUGGGUGUUUACGUCGCGAGACAACUGAGACGAAGCAGAAGAAUGCCUAUCAAGUCGUUCUACCAGUUCAUGUUUUUUUUAGGGACUUCUCGUUGUUUUUCCCGCAGUACACUAUUGCAAAAUUCAACUCAUUAAGGAAACGUUUUUGAAAUUGCGGAAUAGCUACUUUUCGGUCUCAUUCCAAAUGACGAAAUAUCAUAUGUGCUUCAUUUUCUAUUUUCCUGUAAUGUGAUCGGUCGUAUUUUAAAGCGAUAGCCUCAUAUAGGCCUCACGAACGUCGACAGCCGUUUACGACGAGCUUAUCCUCAGAUUAGUGAAGUGUAUCACGGUACGCCGGGGUGCAACAUAAAAGUGCCUCGCAUCAGGUCCACUCAACGCUCCUAUAUGACCAUGUACAGUAAAUUGAACGCACUGUAAAUAGACACAGGUCUCCAUUCCUCAUCUUCGAGUAACCAACAGAGAUAACAAUAAUGAUUGUCCAUAUACACUCCUCUGUAAUUAUUGAAGACUCAUUCGCGAUAUCUUUAUCGCACGUACGUGUACUUCGUUCAGGUGUUGACAUUUUGGUGUUGCUAUGUGCGAACUUGUUGGAUGUUGGCCUAAAAAAAACACCGUAAAAUAUGCACAGUCCUCUCUGUACUAAGUCAGUCUUGAUUGCUUUAUGCAUAUCUGCAAUGUACUGCUUCUGGGAAUGUCCUGUACAGCACACGACGUAAACACGUCAAAGAAUAUCCCGCAUGUUUGGCACGUCAAUUGAUGAACUAUCUUCGACAGCACUGUCCGGCCAAUGUUUGAACUCAAGGAGCGUAAUCUUACCUCAUAAAGAAGAAAAGCAUUGUUUUUUUUAUCCCCGAAAAUUCACCGCUACUCCAUUUGUGCAUCCGAGGUCGCGAUUUGCAAUGAAAACGUGCCCAUCUGCAGCAGAGCGUUCGUUAUAAUGGAGCGGUGAAGUGCCAAAAUCCCAUCGGCGCGCGCGGACAGUUCGCAGCCGCACGAUAUAUUUCCCCCCGUUCAUUCGCGUUCCAAUAGAGUGGACAUCAGCGUGGGUACUCUUUGGUCCUGGAUGGAACAUGUUGUAUGUUGUACUUCCGCUGUAGUGCUGUGAAAUCGUUAUCCCCAAAAUUAAGUAGCGAUUGGUUUGGCUGGAUACCAGCGUUUAUGGGUCCUCCAAAAUGCAGGGUAAAACGAACUAUGUGCCUAUAUUGGUGUGUCGGACGAUUGCUCACUCUAUACUUACUGCGUAAAACAUUCGAAUGCAUGAGGCCAUACUGUUGACUAAUAGCGCCAGAGUUUAUUGUAUACUUGUAUAUCAAACAUGCUGUCAUGUUUCAUGUAACAGAUACUUUAUUUGUGGAUUAAAAAGUUCCAGUACGA